UUGGAUUGAACCUUUCCAGCCUCCGUAGGCAGUGGGUCUAAAGUGCCGGUCAAAAUGGAAGUGAAUCCCCCCAAACAGGAGCACCUGCUGGCCCUGAAAGUAAUGCGACUGACUAAGCCUACGUUAUUCACCAAUAUUCCAGUAACAUGUGAAGAGAAAGACUUACCCGGAGAUCUCUUUAACCAGCUCAUGAGAGAUGAUCCUUCAACUGUAAAUGGUGCAGAAAUUUUAAUGUUGGGAGAAAUGUUGACUUUACCACAGAAUUUUGGGAACAUAUUUUUGGGAGAAACCUUUUCCAGUUAUAUCAGUGUUCAUAAUGACAGCAAUCAAGUUGUAAAAGAUAUAUUGGUAAAAGCUGAUCUUCAGACAAGCUCUCAGCGUUUAAAUCUUUCAGCCUCCAAUGCUGCAGUGGCUGAACUUAAACCCGAUUGUUGUAUCGAUGAUGUUAUACACCAUGAAGUAAAGGAAAUUGGAACACACAUCUUGGUGUGUGCAGUGAGUUAUACAACUCAGGGCGGAGAAAAAAUGUAUUUUAGAAAAUUCUUCAAAUUUCAGGUUCUCAAGCCACUGGAUGUAAAAACCAAAUUUUACAAUGCAGAGAGUGACCUCAGUUCUGUGACUGAUGAAGUAUUUCUUGAAGCCCAGAUUCAGAAUAUUACAACCUCACCCAUGUUUAUGGAGAAAGUUUCAUUGGAGCCAUCUAUAAUGUACAAUGUAGCAGAAUUAAAUUCAGUCAACCAAGCUGGAGAAUGUGUAACUACAUUUGGGUCAAGAACAUAUUUGCAGCCAAUGGAUACACGCCAAUACUUGUACUGCCUAAAGCCCAAGAAGGAGUUUGCAGAAAAAGCAGGCAUCAUUAAGGGAGUAACAGUAAUUGGAAAAUUGGAUAUAGUUUGGAAAACCAAUCUAGGUGAAAGGGGAAGAUUACAGACCAGCCAACUUCAAAGAAUGGCUCCAGGUUAUGGAGAUGUUAGGUUGUCUUUGGAGGCAAUCCCAGAUACCGUAAACCUAGAAGAACCUUUUCAUAUUACCUGUAAAAUAACAAACUGCAGCAGUGAAAGGACUAUGGACCUGGUUUUGGAAAUGUGCAAUACCAAUUCUAUCCACUGGUGCGGCAUUUCAGGAAGACAGCUUGGAAAGCUACAUCCAAGUUCCUCUCUCUGUCUUGCCCUUACUCUAUUGUCUUCAGUACAGGGGCUGCAGAGUGUCUCCGGCUUAAGACUGACAGACACGUUUUUAAAGAGAACAUAUGAAUAUGAUGACAUCGCACAAGUCUGUGUGGUAUCUUCGGCCAUUAAAGUGGAAAGCUGAAGAAAUUAUGCUUUUCAUUCAGUUUCACAGAACUUUCUGUAUUUUAGUCACCUUUGUAAAAUGAUCAAGUCAAAAUAUGUUAUUUAAAUUUCUUUCCUGUACAAUAGUGAAAAUAUUAAAUGUUUGUUUUAAAAAGACCACCUACUGAUUUUAUCUUGUAUUAUUCUAAAGGAACAUUUGUACAUUUUCUACAUAUAUCAUAUUUGUUUCAUUUAAAUGACCAUUGACCUUUGCUCUAUAAAAACUCUAUCCUUGCUUUGGCCAGUGUGGCUAAGUUGGUUGGAGAGUUGUCCCAUAAUGGAAAAGUUGAGGGUUCGACUCCCAGUCAGGGCAUGUUCCUGAGUUGUGGGUUCAAUUCCAGGUCAAGGGACAGGGUACAAAUGAUCCCCCCUCCAGGCAUGUAUUGGAGGCAACCAGUUAAUGCUUUUCUCUCUAACAUCCAUGUUCCUCUCUCCUUCUCUUCCUCACUCGCUAGAAGCAAUGAAAAAAUGUCCUCGGGUGAGGAUUUUUUAAAAAUUUAAAAAAUAAUAAACUCAAUAUAUUUGAGUCCUUUUGUCCUUAGCAAGCAUCUAGACUAGAGGUCAGCAAAAUGUUUAUGUAAAGGGCCUGAUACUAAAUAUUUUAGUCUUUGCAGGCCAUGUGGUUCCUAUUAAAAAUACUCCACCUUGCUGUUGUAGUGCCAGAUAAGCCAGUAGGCAAAAAGAGCACAUUGGUAUUUACAAAUAUAGGCAGCUGGCCUGCAGACUGUAGUUUGCUGACCUUGAUCUAGAAGAUAGAGUUGUUUCUUAAAUCCUGAGAAUUCUUAUAAUACUUUAUUUAGAAAUAUUUCAGUUAACCCCAGUUCUUUUCCUAGCUCCUCAGUCAACAGAAAAAGUUGUUUAAAAGAAGUGGGAUGAUCCUUGAGUAACAUUAUAUUUGCUAACACAGUAUGAAUUCUUCCACCUGUUUUCAAAAUUAUCAUAUUGGCGUGUAUCUGUGUUUGUGUGUGAAUACAAAUCUGCAUGUCUGUUUUAGUUACUAACGGCAGAUCAGAAUUGGUUUUAUUUCUUAGAUUGUUGAUUACUCUGUUAAUUUUUAACUAAGAAGCCUGAUACUUUUCUAAGUCCAAAAGACCUGUUUUUUUCCAUUAAAAAAAUAAACCACUUAUUUUCAUAGGUAUCUUUAAAGGAUUUUCAGUUUCUGAUACUUGAUUUUGAAAUCUAAAUCAUGUACUAAUAUUAUAAAACUUUGUAUAUCUGCAUGUAAUCAUACUUAUGCUAUGAACAAAACAGUGAAAAAGCUAAGAUUGUAAACAACUUUGCAACAUGAAUAUAAUAAAAGUUUCAAUAUUUUAUCAGGAAAGAAAGGGAUUAUCCUGUUAAAUAAAAACUUAUUUUGGUAAGUUGAAAUGUAAAGAUGUAUGUAUAAUUGCUUACAUAUAAAAGUACAUUAAGUCAAAUACAAAAAUUGGGUUUUUUUCAAGUGCAUAAUUAUUUAUUGCCAUGACAAAUUGGUCCAAAAUGAAAGCUGUAUUCAGAGUGAGAUUUGGAGUAAUAAUUAAUGAAAUGUCUUUGCAAAAUAAAGUGCAAGCAGUGUAAAA